GCGCUGGAGUUUAAACCGUCACUCUGCUGAGCUCGCGGCGCUGCAGGCGCGAGAGAGUCCGGGUCCCGUCUGUGAAGUCGCGGAUAGUUCUGCUCGGUUCUUUUGGGUUCUGUUCGGGUUUAAACUGCGCUAUGUUCAGCUGGGCGAGCCGGGACGGGCGGCGGAAGGAGCCGGAGCUCUUCAGCACGGUGUCGGACGGGCUGAAGCGCCUGUACCGGACCAGGCUGCUGCCGCUCGAGGAGGCUCACCGCUUCCACGACUUCCACUCGCCCGCGCUCGAGGACGCCGACUUCGACAACAAGCCCAUGGUGCUGCUGGUGGGACAGUACUCCACCGGGAAGACCACCUUCAUCCGACACCUGAUGGAGCAGGACUUCCCGGGAAUGCGCAUCGGGCCCGAGCCCACCACCGACUCCUUCAUCGCGGUGAUGCACGGCGAGCAGGAGGGGCUGGUCCCCGGGAACGCGCUCGUGGUGGACCCCAAAAAGCCCUUCAGGAAGCUCAACGCGUUCGGGAACGCUUUCCUCAACAGGUUCGUCUGCGCUCAGAUGCCAAAUCCGGUCCUGGAGAGCAUCAGCAUCAUUGACACGCCUGGAAUUCUCUCCGGGGAAAAGCAGAGGAUCAGCCGAGGUUACGACUUUGCAGCUGUGCUGGAGUGGUUUGCGGAGCGAGUGGAUCGGAUCAUCUUGCUCUUCGAUGCCCACAAGCUGGACAUUUCGGAUGAGUUUUCCGAAGUGAUCCGCGCCCUGAAGAACCAUGAGGAUAAAAUGCGGGUGGUGCUGAAUAAAUCUGAUCAGAUCGGCACACAGCAGCUGAUGAGGGUGUACGGCGCCCUCAUGUGGUCUCUGGGGAAAAUUGUCAACACUCCAGAGGUGAUCCGGGUUUACAUCGGUUCCUUCUGGGCUCAGCCGCUGCUGGUGCCAGACAACAGAAAGCUGUUUGAGGCGGAGGAACAGGAUCUGUUCCGGGACAUCCAAAGUCUUCCCCGGAAUGCUGCGCUCCGAAAACUCAACGACCUCAUCAAGAGAGCCCGACUGGCCAAGGUCCACGCUUAUAUCAUCAGUGCCCUGAAGAAGGAGAUGCCCAGCAUGUUUGGAAAGGAGAAUAAGAAGAAAGAACUGAUCGCUAAUCUGGGGGAGAUUUACAGCAAGAUCGAGAAGGAGCAGCAGAUCUCCCCGGGAGAUUUCCCCAAACUCUCCAAAAUGCAGGAGAUUCUGGCAGGCCAGGACUUCACCAAGUUCCAGAUGAUAAAGCCGAAGCUUCUGGAGGCGGUGGAGGACAUGCUGGCCAACGACAUUGCCCGCCUGAUGACGCUUGUGCAACAGGAGGAGGCAGUGGCGCCCAGCCAGACAGUGCAGGGCGGAGCCUUCGAGGGCACCAUGAACGGCCCGUUCGGGCACGGCUACGGCGAGGGUGCGGGUGAGGGCAUCGACGAGCUGGAGUGGAUCGUGGCGCGAGACAAACCCACCUACGAUGAGAUCUUCUACACACUUUCCCCCGUGAACGGGAAGGUGACCGGUGCCAUGGCCAAGAAAGAGAUGGUCAAGUCCAAACUGCCCAACACGGUCCUGGGAAAGAUAUGGAAGCUAGCGGACGUGGACAAAGACGGAUUCCUGGACGACGAAGAGUUCGCGCUGGCCAAUCACCUCAUCAAAGUGAAGCUGGAGGGGCACGAGUUACCUGCCGAACUGCCGGACCACCUGGUACCCCCGUCUAAACGGGCACAGUGAGGAAGUGAAAUGAGUACUAACCACUGAGCCAAACGAGUGGAAAAGCGGGGAUUAUUAUGGGAUAGAAAACGGAUAGACUCUGAUUAGACUCUAAAGCUUCUGUUCAGAGUUCACCUUCAUUAGAACCCUGAUUCUAAAAUUAAUCACCACUACAAUGUUUGUUUGUUUGUUUGUUUUUUUGUUUGUUCAUUUGUUAAUGGCGGCUGAAUGUGGGACAGUGAACCUGCGCUGCGGAAAAAGGCGCCUUGGCAAGUAAAAUGAUCCCAAAUCAAGUCAUUAUAUGUUGUUGUUUCUCAUAUUGAGACCGAUAAGCUUAUUGUAAGAUUAUUGAACUUGUCUGUAGACAUUUUAUGUUUUAAUUACUGUUAUUAAGCCUAAGUUACACCAUGUUGGCAGAUGUUUUGUUUGUUGUGAGAAACAGUAAAUAAUCUGCUGGUCCAGUGAGGAAGAUCAUCUGACUGAAAUCACCUUAUACAUGUAAAUAAUGUCCAAGUUAACAAUCUUAUAAUAAACUUAUUAUAAACUCACAACAGUCUUAAUAAGAGAGAUCUUACAUAUUUAGACUAGAUUUAAGAUGAUUUUACUCGCCAGGAGACGCUUCUGCAGCAUGAAACAGUAAAUGUGCCUUAAAGGAAAAAACCCAGUGAUUAAUGAAAUAAUAGUUAUUAUGACUGUUCACUGUGUUCUGCAGCGGAACCUGUAUGUGUGUUUAAAGUUCUUCAGGACUUGGGUUCUAAAUCUCUGGGUCCAAAUGGUUCUACACUACCACUGUUAUUAGUACUGUUGUUGUUGUUGUUGUUGUUGUUGUUGUUGUUGUUGUUGAUUUCUCACACCUGGUUUAGUCUGAUUGUUGUAGUUAAGCAUUCAAGUCGUUUCCAACACUUUUCUGUUAGAAUCUCAUCAGAAAUACUCAGCUACAAAUUAUUAAAGAGAAAUAUUAUUAAA